GGUCCUCGCCGUCCUCUGCGCCUGCCCCGGCGCUGCGCUCCGCCCCGAGCCAGGCAGUGAGUGGGGCAUGGCGCCGGCCUUCGCCUGAGGAACCGGGACGCAGUGGGGGGGGAGAGAGCGAGCGCCGCCAUGGAGGAGGACCCGGAGCUGGAGAGGCUGUGGAAGAGUUACUUAAAGAGGCAAAACGUGGGAGAACCAGAGCUGAAACAAUGGGAGCUAUGGGUUGGUGUGUUUCAUGAGGACUUCUGGGAUUUCCUCAGCCCUUUGUCAGAGGAGUCCUGGAGAAGAGAUGCACAAACCCUGGAGACAUCUAGUGUAAGGCCAUCAGUCCUGCAUUGGCACUGGAUAGUUGAAGCAACUCGGCCUAUGAAGAAAAGAUUUGUUCUGCCACCUGUCCUUGGGUUGAAAUGUCCUCUUGCUGGUACAAAUAAAAGAUUUCUUAUUAAUACCAUCAAAAACACAUUACCGUCUCAAAAAGAACAAGACCAAGAACGUGAGCAAAAGGAAGACGGUAAGGAGCCUGAGCCAAACAAAAGCAGGAAAGAAGAAAAACCAAAGAAACGCAGAAUUCACCCAUAUACACCCAGCUUUCAGUCCAGGAGGAGAGUCAGCUACUCUCCUCCAAGACACCGAAACAGGAACCAGCACACAAAGGAUAAGCAUGAAAAGCGAUCAAGCAAACGAUGAGGGGAGGAGAGUGGCAAAGAUGUGGUGUUACAAGGCAGGAAUGUCAUCAAGUGUCGGACUGCAGGGAUGUCUCAGUUUUUCAGGAAAAGAUGCUGUUCGGAAUUGAAUUUUGAACCGAGUCGCUUGUGUGAGAAGUAACCUUGAGGUAGCUUUAGAAGACUUUUCUUUGGGACCUUUAAGAGAAAAGCAAAGUGCAGCAUAAAUCUUUCAGUCGUUUUAGAACAGACAUUCCUCUCCCUUUGCUCCAUUCCUCUCUCCCUCUCUGACUAAGCUUAGGGUCUUGGUGAUGGAGCGUGAUAUGUGUGUCACUGUCCGAUACAACUCAUUUAGUCAUGUCACUCUUUUGGAAAUAAAUUUAAAUUAAGCAGAAAUCUAUUUAUUGUGUAAAGUUGGCAGAACUUCUUUGCUGCUAACCACUAAGGAAGUUUCGUGUGUUUGGGUUAGUUUAGUUUUGCAGAGUCUAGAAGAAGGGGAUGCUGGUCAGUGCCUGGCCAAGCACGUACAUUUUGUAUAGAAUAUAAGAGUUUGCUUUCUUUAGUAUAAAAGGAACAAAUUUAAAAUGGGCAACACUGGUUUUGCUUUCCAGGAGGAACUACCCGGAAAUACUGAUUUUGCUUGUUAUUGUAUAUUCACAAACCUGUCAUAGAUAAUAGUAAACAUUACCCCUAAAAAGCCAUAACUGCAAUAAUUGUCUCUGUUUAGACUUCCCUCUGUACGGAAGUAGUUUGAACAGUCUGUUGUCAUGGUGCUUUCAAAACAAACCUUGAAGACAAAAUCAUCAUGUUCUCUGUCCACUGCUAAGAAGUUUCCAAGUAAAUGUGUAAUACUAGAAAUGCAAAGGUGAUACUUAAAAACAGUCAAGUGCUCACUUUCCAAGCCUGUGUGACAAUUCUGUAGUGGUACAGUUCUUAAACUUGUGACUUGGAGCACACGUAACACACAUCGGCACAUUCUACGUCUCGGUUCUGUUUGUGUUACAAUAACAAACUGUGUGAAAUAUUUUGUAUUUCAGUAUUCUCAGAAAUGAUUGUUUUGAACAUAGGUUUCCGUUUUUAAGUGUGUUGACAAUAAAAUCGAAAAUGUUCAU